GACCAGAGCCCCUCGGAACUGUGAUUGAACUGGCAGUGGGCCCAAAUCCUCUUUCCAAAGAGUGGAAGACCAGUCAGCGAAUUAUGAAUGUUAAACAAGAUGACCUCCUCUCAGCAGCAGCAGAUGAUGCGAGGUCCUAGGUGGAACCGGGCCUUGUCCGACCCUUUGUUUGUGCUGCUUCUGGCCCUCCAGCUGCUGGUGGUGGCAGGGCUGGUACGUGCUCAGACGUGCCCCUCUGUCUGCUCCUGUAGUAACCAGUUCAGCAAAGUCAUCUGCACCCGCCGAGGCCUGCGGGAUGUCCCUGAUGGCAUCUCUACCAACACUCGCUACCUGAAUCUGCAAGAGAAUCUCAUUCAGGUCAUAAAGGUGGACAGCUUCAAGCACCUAAGACAUCUGGAGAUCCUGCAGCUGAGCAAAAACCACAUACGCAAAAUUGAGCUGGGGGCCUUCAAUGGACUGGCCAGCCUCAAUACCUUGGAGCUUUUUGAUAACCGCCUCACCACCAUCCCGAACGGCGCAUUUGAGUACCUGUCCAAACUAAAGGAGCUUUGGUUGAGGAAUAACCCCAUAGAGAGUAUUCCCUCCUAUGCUUUCAACAGAGUGCCCUCAUUACGGCGGUUGGACCUUGGGGAGCUCAAACGGCUCUCCUACAUAUCUGAGGGGGCCUUUGAAGGGCUGAGCAAUCUGCGCUACUUAAAUCUGGGAAUGUGCAAUCUGAAGGAAAUUCCCAACCUAAUUCCCCUGGUGAAGCUGGAUGAACUGGAGAUGUCGGGGAACCAGCUCACUGUCAUCCGUCCUGGCUCUUUUAAAGGGCUCAUCCAUUUGCAAAAGCUAUGGAUGAUGCAUGCCCAGAUCCAGACCAUAGAAAGGAACUCUUUUGAUGACCUGCAGUCACUAGUGGAGCUCAAUCUAGCCCACAACAACCUUACCCUCUUGCCCCAUGAUCUCUUCACUCCUUUACAUCACCUGGAGAGGGUGCACUUGCACCACAACCCGUGGAAUUGUAACUGUGACAUCCUCUGGCUAAGCUGGUGGCUUAAGGAGAUGGUACCAGCAAACACCAGCUGCUGUGCCCGCUGCAGCUCACCUCCCCACCAUAAGGGACGAUACAUUGGCGAGCUGGACCAGAACUACUUUCACUGUUAUGCUCCUGUUAUUGUGGAGCCUCCCGCAGACCUAAAUGUGACAGAGGGAAGCGCUGCAGAGUUGAAAUGCAGAGCCAGCUCUUUGACCUCAGUAAGCUGGAUUACACCCAAUGGUUCCAUCAUGACACACGGUGCGUACAAGGUCAGAAUCUCUGUGCUGAAUGACGGCACUCUGAACUUCACUAAUGUUACCAUGCAGGACACAGGCACAUAUACGUGUAUGGUCAGUAAUUCAGCAGGUAACACGACAGCAUCUGCCACACUCAAUGUGUCCUCUACAGAGAACAGCAGCUUCAGCUACUUCACCACAGUGACAGUGGAAACCAUAGAAACGCCACAUAAUGAAGGCUUCACCACGACUGUGCAACAGAAGGUGGGCCCCACCCCCUCUUCUGGAUCAUGGGAGUCUGUUUCACCCACCUCUACAACUACCACCACAUUUCGGACCCCGCUGUCCACCCGUACCACAGAGAAGACUUACACGAUCCCUGUCACGGAGCUGGGCGGGGAGGGCUCACUAAACGGCCUGGAUGAGGUGAUGAAGACGACCAAGAUCAUCAUCGGCUGCUUUGUUGCAAUCACACUCAUGGCAGCCGUCAUGCUGAUUAUCUUCUACAAGAUGCGCAAACAGCACCACCAGCAGAACCACCACGCACCCACACGUACUAUUGAGAUCAUUAAUGUGGACGAGGACUGUGUAACAGGAGGCCCGGGCAUGGAGGGCCACCUGACUCUGCCUCCUCUUGAGCAUGAGCACCUCAACCACUAUAACACCUAUAAGACUGCGUACAACCAUGCCUCCACUAUCAACUCCAUACACAGCUCAGCGCACGAACCUUUGUUAAUCCGGGCCAGCUCAAAAGACAAUGUACAAGAGACCCAAAUCUAAUACUUUUUUUCUUUUUUUUCAAAAUGAGACAUAAUAAAACUGAUGGAAUUACAUAAAGACAUUACUGACAGGACAUUACUGAAAACUGGUUGUGAGGACUGUGGCUCAAACAUGGAGAAAUAGACUCAUGUGUUUGGCAAAUCAUUGGCUGGUGAUGUUAAUUCAGUGACUUUGGGAAUUAGGGUAUGUCUACUGUUUCAAAAAGUGUCUUUACAAAACAGAAGUUAUUUAU